GAUAACAUCGAAGUAUCAAGGCAUCCAAGCUUCUUCCCAUCUCUAAAUAUUUUACAAGAAUUUCGCACAACAAAUUCCGAAAAUUGGCAUAAAAUUUUACCGGAACCGAGGAAAAACCAGUAAAUAGGCCGCCAGAGCUCAGUUUGCAGCGCUAAAGGAACGCAAAACAGCGUUUUGUGGAGCAGCGCACGAGUGACCGUCCGGGAGCAGGCGUUAUUGGUUUAGCGGCGUUACUUGGAGUACAUCCAGCAGUAGCAGAAUGUACAACGGCAUCGGACUUACCACUCCCCGUGGCUCCGGCACCAAUGGCCACGUGCAGCGCAACUGGGCGUUUGUGAGGCCGGGCAAGAAGGACAAGGACUACCGCGCCGAGGACGACACCAAGAAACUGGACGCCCAGCUGAAUAGGCCGCCCAACAAGGAGAUCCUGGACCAUGACCGCAAGCGCAAGAUCGAAGUGAAGUGCCUCGAGUUCGAGGAAAUUCUCGAGAAGCAGGGACGCACACCGGAGGAGAUCAAGACGCAUGUGGACGCUUUCCGCCAGAAGUUGAUGGGACAGGGCAAAACCGAUCUGACCAAGGAUGAAUUUGGGCGUGUAGCCAACAUCACAACCAAUGCCACAUCCACGGCUACGUCGGCAGCAGCGGAUACCACGGCAGCUGCCUUGGUGGCCGCCACCGCAUCCACAACGACAACAACGGCGGCCACCACAGUGCAGGUGAUGAAACCGAAGAAACGCCGCAAGCGACGCAAACGCGCAGGUCACGCGGUCACCUCCACCACCACCACCAGCAUUGCCACCCCAAGCAGCACACCCACACCCACACCCGGGAGCAAUCCAGGCAGUCCCCGACCCAAAGCCAACGCGAACGGGGGCAGGAAGUGCAAGGCACCCUACUUCCAGCACGACAACCGGGAGUACCUGACCAAGUACGAGGGCUUUCGUCUCACCGCCACGGCUCACACGUGGAACUAUGCAGCGGUAGCCAGGAAGUUCAAGCCCUUGCGGCCGGCGUUGGCAAGCGGCGCCAACAAGACCAGGCGACCAGCAGUCUCCAGACGGACGCAGCACGACUGCGCCUGCGCCUGCCAGCAGAAAGAGACCGAGCCGGAGCCGGCAGCCAUGUCUUUGACAGCACUUGAGCCCGGUCAGCGAACAGCUGAGCUUGCCAUCCAGCGGGAGCUGCCUUCGUCUCAUUGUUCAAAAAUCAAUAUAGACAGCAGCGUUUUGCUCGAGCUGCUGAAGCAAUCUUCGAGCAAUCUGCUGGAGACACUGCUGCUGGGUGCCGGCAGUGUCGUGGCCACAAGUGUUCGCGACACCCAUCAAAUAGCCGAGGCUCAGCAGCAGAAGAACGCCAGGCUGCGCGAGGCCUUCAACAUAUCUGAGUACUUUGUGGAGGGCAGCAGUUUUGACAGCGAUCGCAAGGCAAAGGAGGAUCUAGCCAAAAGCGUGGCUCUCCAAAAGGAACUGGACGCCCAGCGCGAAAGCCUGGCAGCAGCGGCCGCGGCCGCAGCGGCUGCAGCAGGCAAGGAUAAGGAGACGGGCAAGCGGUAUGCUCUAGUCCGCACUCCCUCCCGCGAACGGGAUGCAGACAACACCAGCGACAAUGAGCGCGAGCAUGUCUCCAAGUCGGACAAAAAGAAGCGCAAGAAGCGCGCCAGAGAAAGUUCGGCCAGUCCUGAGCGCAAGAAGGACAAAAAGAAAAAGUCAAAGAAGCACAAGAAAGAGAGUAAGUCGAAGAAGAAAAAGUCACGCAAGCGCCGACACAGCGACAGUGAGCGACAGGAUAGUGACAAGGACAGCGAGGACGAGGAUGAUGCGGCGGCGGGUAGCAGUGAUGACGAGGAGCGACGCGAGUCGACGAAGAGAAGCGCCCGCAAGAAAGCCAAGAAGGACAAGAAAAAGCGCGACAAGAAGCUGAAAAAGAAGACACGCCCCCGUGCCAGUUCCACGGACUCUGAGCGAUCCAACACUCCAUCGCGGAAGGAGAGGAAACCGAACAAGUCGCGAGGCGUAAAGUCUUCAAAGGCUGAUGUCAAUCCUUUGCAGCACCAGGAUAAUUCAAUUCGCAGCCGCUCACGAGAGCGUCGAAAGGAUGCGAAGGCCAGAUCGAACGAGGUCAGGGAUCGAUCGGCUGGCACUCCUCCACGAAAGGAGCCGUUAACGCAAGGAGAACGCUCCAGGGAAAGGCAACGCUCUAAGGAAAAACAGCGUUCCAAAGAACGGCAACGCUCUAAGGAGCGACAACGUUCUAAGGAAAGACAGAGAUCUAGGGAAAGACAACGUUCCAAGGAGAGACUGCGGUCUAAAGAAAGACAAAGAUCCAGGGACAGGCUGAGAUCAAAGGAGAGACAAAGAUCAAAAGACAGACACCAGUCUAAGGAAAGGCAUAAGUCCAAGGACAAAAAACCAUUGGUGGAUAAAAAACGAGACAGAUCCAAGGAUAGGCAGAGAUCUAACAACAGAAAACGAUCUGUGGAGAAAGAACGGGAGAGAUCCAAAGCUCGACCCCGUUCGAAGGAGCGCCAGCGAUCCAGGGAAAGGCAGCGUUCCAAGGAGAGACAGCGAUCCAAGGAGAGACAGCGAUCCAAGGAAAGGCAGCGAUCCAAAGAGAGGCAGAGAUCCAAGGAUAGACAACGCUCUAAGGACAGGCAGCGGUCUAGGGAGAGACAACGGUCCAAGGAGAGGCAGCGCUCAAGAGAGAAACAGCGCUCUAAGGAUAGGCUGCGCUCCAAGGAGAGAGUGCGCUCUAAGGAAAGGAAUCGCUCUAAAGAAAGACAGCGCUCCAAUGAAAGACAGCCCUCAAAGGAGAGGCAGCGUCUAGUCAAGGAAUCACACGCCACAAACUCCUCAAAGGAUCACAGUCCAAAAAAAAGAGAUGACCAACACCAGCGAUCUCCAUCAAAUGUUAGCAGAAAACAAACCGAUGAGUCCAAGCAAUCUCCACAAGCCCAUUCCCCAGAGGCGCCGCCCAAGAAGACGGCCCUGCUAGCCUUCAAUCCCUUCAAGGCGGCUGAGGAUACGGUCAACGAUAUCCUGGGCACCAAGUCGGUGAUGGUGGCUCUGGAGCAGACCAAGCGCCAACGAGAGGCUUCCGCCAGUUCCAUCUCGGAUUCCGGUAGCUCCGGUAGCAGCAGUAGCUCGUCUGCCUCCCGGACGCCGUCACCGAAGCCUACACCCAAAAAGCAAAAGAAGACAAGUAGCACACCCGAGCCAAAGGAGGUGAAGAAGGAGGCCAGUCCGGUCAAGAGAGAGCCUCGCAAGACCGUCAAGCGGGAGCGUUCCAACUCUCCGAAACCUAAGCCAAAGAGCAAGGCGGCUACAGAGCCCAGUCCGAAGCCAGCGCGCCAUCGUACUUCCCGCUCGUCGAGUUCUUCGGAGCUGCGUUACUCACCGGCAGAACGGCACCCGGAGCGCUACCACGACAUCAUUAUCGCGGAUAAGAAGCGACCAUCGAAGGCUAGAGACGCUGCUUCUUCGAAGCCGGCUCCCGUAGUUCGCCUGCGGGCACAGAGUGACGAUGGCAGCGAUGCCGAGACAGAAGCAGAUGGGUGCGCCCUGGAGGAGUUCCAGCAAAGCAAGCGGGAGCGGGAAGAACAGCAGGAGCUGCGCAUGCUGGAGCAGCUAAAGUCGGGAAUUGCAGCCAAGGCCAAGCAGAAGAUCAGGAGCACAAUGGAGAAAGACCCGGCCAAAGAGGGCAGCGAUGUAAGUGGAAUCGACAUGCUGGCAGCUAACAAACGUAACUCGCUAAGCGAAUUCCUUGUUGCUAACAACGUGACUGCCUUGAUUAACCCACUGACCGCAACCACGCCCCCGACACUGUUGGUUACAACGACACCACCGCCACCCAUGGUGGCGCCGCAGGAGCUGCAGCGCAGGGAGCAGCAUCAGCAGCAAGUUCAGGAGCUGACAGACGUGUCUGUGGAGGAGCCGAACAACAAAAGGGACACGAGCACUCCGCCCAUCUGCAAGACGCCCGUCAUGGCGGCAAAUGGCGAGGCCAAAAGUCCGACAAUGGGUCACAAGAUCCAUCUGCAUCACCACAGGCAGCCUCCACAGCACCAGCAGCAGCAUCAGCAUUACCAGCACCCGCAUCCGCAGCAUCUGCAUCCGGGGAAGCGCAUCUUCCACAACAGAACGCUAAAUAAUAACCCUAACAGUAGACAUAGUACUAACAAUCCUCAUGCAUGCGCUGGUGGCGGUGUCCCUCAUUCGAAUCCCAACCACAGCAACAGCAGCGGGGGCGGCGGCAAUAGCAGCAGCAGCAACCCGCCCAUGCUGCCCUUUCUAGCGGGCACACCGGGUACCUACAACCGCACCACGAAUCGCCUGAACCACGGCCCCCUACUGACCGCCACCCACUACAACAUCUGCAAAAAUCAUCAGCAGAGCUUGCAGCAGCAGCAGGCGCACCAUUUGGCCCGUGGUUUAGUCUACAAUUCGUCGCUCUUCGGGAACGCACCGCGUCACCCCGGUCUCCUCUCGCUAACGGGCAUGGGCGGGCCGGGCCCUCCGCUGCUGGGGCUUCCGCCUCACGGCCGCGGUGCUGGUGGCGCCGGUGGUGCUAUUAGUUUCAGUGCUGCGGCAGCGGCGGCGGCCGUGGCUGCCAAUAGUAUAAGCUACCACCAUCAUCAUCAUCAUCAACACCAACAGAAACCGAAAAUCGUUAUAAAACCCUUCAAAAUUCACGAUCCACAGCCCCUAGUCGCAGCGCUGGCGGACAGUUCGCUGGUGGACGCCAUCGUCUCCAAGGUAUCGACUGCCACGGUGGCCGCAGCGGAGAGUGCGGCGCGCAGGAGCCGAAGCCGUGAGCGUCGGAGCCGGAGUCGCAGCAAGCGACGUACCAGCGGUAGCCAUCACCGACAUCACUCCAGCAGUCGCUCUAGAUCACGCUACAGUUCUUCGAGUAGUCGCAGCGGUUCCCGCAGCUCCCGAUCCCGCUCUGGCUCGCACUCCUCCCGCUCUAGCUGCUCAUCACAUAGCAGCACAGGCAGCUCCUCCUCCGGCGGCAGUGGUUCGGGAUCAUCGCAGUCGGGCUCUCGUUCCCCAUCCAUACCAAGGCGUCGCGGCUCUCCAAGCUUUCUGGACAGACGUCGCAUAACGAGUGCCCGAAAGCGUCCGAUUCCGUAUCACCACAAAACACCCACGGCCGAGGGCGAGGCAGCGGAGGAGGUAGCGUCCAGUUGCUGUUCUAGCUGCUUCAGCCGCGCCAGCAGUCCGGCUACGCCUCUUCUUACGCCCUUGCGGAGCAGCCGAAGUCCGUCGAUGGCCGCCUUCUGAGUGUUAACCGCAUCGCUGCGCAAAAUGUGCGGCGAGUCCUGAGACAGGGGAAGCUCCACCCAUCACUCUCAUCCUAGUCACUUCUAGUCCUAAGAUAGUUGUUAUCCACGCAUUGAACUUGUUUUACAUCAACAUUCAAUAGCCUUAAGUUAGGUCCCUGAAUUAAAUAGCAAAAUUAUUAUAUAGUCACGAUAUUCAGCCAAUACUCGUUCGUAAGCCUUUGCUCUCGAUUAUUUGCUAGUUAUAAUCUGCGUUUUUAAACUAAAUACACGUAUUGUUUGUUGCCCAUCUCGAAAA